AUGACAAUGGAGUGUGCGGCGAGGGGGAUAGUGGAGGAGCCAUGUGCCAGCGGCGCCCACCGGCGGUGCGGCAGCUGCGGGGCCGUGGCCUACUGCUCGAAAGGCCACCAGUUCAUUCAUUGGAAAGUUCAUAAAGAAGAAUGUGCAAGGCUUGCAACACAAAUGAGUCGCAUUGAUAUGCUCAGCCAAUUUCCGUUCACAUUCUCCGUUGAACCUCUUGCUCUGAAUCAUACGAACCGAAGUAUGAGGUGCUUGUUUUUGGAGUCGAUGAAAGUUCAUCUGAAAGGACUCUGGAAAUCAGAAUGCAUGUGUGGCCCAGAUAUUGCUUGUGUCAAGGACCUGAGCAUAACAACUGAAUGGAACAUGGAAAGCUCACUUUGCCCAUGUACAGAGCCUGAAAAUCCUGUGCCCGCACCCCUCGCAAGCUGGGAAGACUACUUUCAGUGGAGAUCCCUUCCUUUACAUUCACCUGUGGCAGUUUUACUUCACUGGCCACUUACUCUAUAUCAUUGCCUUCAACUAUCUCGCAUCCAAACUUCAAGAUAUGAUGGGCAUGACACUCUGUGCAUUCACUAUUUAGGACCUGAGAAAGAGCUGCUUCAGCUUGCGGUGUUUGCAGAACUACGUGCACUAUUUCCAGGUGUCCACCUUCGCAUUGAACUUGUGGGGCCAGCAGUUCCAAGAUCCAGGGAUGGUGAAGUUGUAAAUAUUUCCAGCUAUCCAAAUUGUUCCGGUGAGAGCUGCCAGUGUAGAUCUUCUAUUUCCUCUGAGAACUUGAAUUGCAGUGCGGUGACACUGAGAAUAUGGAAAGGCCUCUAUCAUGAGAGAUAUGGUGAUAUAGUAAAGGAUUCAAAUCCUCAUCUUAUACUUGCCCCAAAUGCGGGUGUAGCUGCUUAUCCUAGUUGGAUGCCUACUAUUGAAAUGAUUAGGGGGAUUGGAGUUCCUGCAAUUUUUACGGACUUCUGCGAAGAAGCUGCUCAUCUGGCCUCUUGCUGCAUAAGCUCCAUAACUGGUCAACCCCUGGGACUCCCUAUACAGGUAAAUCCUUUCAGGCAGCCGAUUGCGGAGAACAAUAGUGCGCUAUACAUACCAUGCUACUCGAAUGGCUUUGUUUUUGGAAUGUAG